AUGAACACCGUCCGUCGCUUUUCGAAGCGUAUUCUCGCACGAGCUUCUGCCACUCCAGCUCCGACUGAGACCACAUCACAGCCCCUUCCGCCUGCCCCUGCGGGGCCCACUCCGUCCGGUCGACAGGCCUCUUCGCAACCGAAACAUCGGAAGCUUCAGAAGAAGCCCCCGGGCACUUCGAAGCCCAAGCCGAAGGUGUCAACAAUGAAGCCGAUCGGGGAAUACCCAUCGGUCGCCGAGUACCGCGGUGCUGGCGUGACGCCGCCAUCAACCAAGCGCGUCGCGACUGUUCCAGAUGCCCGCGAAACUGAGCGCGAGCUCAGCGGGGUUGAGACUCCGACAGUCGACAAGAGCCCUGCUGAAGACAUUAUCGAAGAAGCAGAUAUCGCAAUCAGCGCAGAUGUCGCACCUCCGGCCAACGAUUUCGAUCCCGCAUUUGCUCCUCCCGAUCACAGCACGAACAUCUCCGACUACAUCACCGUUCUGGACUCUCUCCCUCUCCCUACGUCGGACAAAUUCGAUACGCCCCAACUCAAAAAAGUCGUGAAAGCUGCCCUGGGCUUUGCAUAUGAGGCCGGAAACGCCAGGUGCGCUAUGGGACUUCUCUACUUCUGGUUCAACGCCAUCGAGGACGAGUUCCGCCUCUCUCUGAUUGCCAACUUGGGCGGGGAUGCGAUUCCCAAUGAUACUUUGCGUCUAGCUUUUUCCAGCCUGCUCAAGGGUUCCUACGACGACGCGCGCAAGUGGUACCAGACCUAUGUCGACACUGGUGUGUCACGUCUUCCCGACAUGCCCUCCGGGGAGGACGAGUCGUCAAGCUUGUCCUCUGCCAAGUCAGUGGAGCAAGGACCUUCUUUCAAAAUCUCCGACAUGUAUCGUGAUACCAGCGGUGCUCGACCCGAGGAAUUGUUCGCGAGCGGCAAGACCAAUACGGCGCCGCUGAAGCGGCCCAAAAAAGCAUGCCCUGUCAAUGAGAAAGCUUUCAGACGCAAGCGUGCAUGGGAAGCAGAUCCCAGCUUAGAAGAAAACCUGCGGACCAAGCGCCGUCAAUACGAAGAGAACAACAUUCAUGAUAAUGCUCCCAUUGUCCAAUACAGCGCAUGCCGCGAUCGACUGGGACCGCCAGAUGCCAUUGAGCAUCCCUACACUGUUGACGACACUACCGAAAUCCUUCGUUCUCGUUCUCUUCCUGUUCGAGCAGGUGGAGGCUCGAUUCUUGACCUGCCUCUUCUCGGAGAGAAGAUCAAGGCACCCUCAGUCGUGUCAUCAGGCAACUCCAUGCUUAUUCGCAGGACGAAGUCGCGACGACAGAGCCUUAAGAAAAUCCUCCCCGAUGAUACGCAGCGCGCACGGUCGCUCUCUGUUGACACGACCGUCUCCAGUCUUUCCUCACUUUCCAACUCCGUCUACUCCAUGCGAUUCAACGACUGGACUGCCGACCACGAACCGCGCUGCAUGCCGAACUCUAUUGAGCCUCCCGAGAACAGCGACAACUGCCACCACUGUGGAAAGGGCGGCGAGUUGCUCUGCUGUGACACAUGCGAUAAUGCAUUUCACUUCCACUGUCUGGAUCCUCCCUUGGAUCCGAAGAAUCCUCCCCAGGGUGAAUGGCACUGCCCCAAGUGUUCGAUCCGCAACAGCUUUUCCACCUUGAUCGCCCACUCCAAGCACUUCAAGAAGACUGAGUUCCAAGUGCCACAGCCCAUCAAAGACACUUUCGAGGGCGUCAAUGAAGGAAUCGUGUUCGAUCGCGACUAUGCCCGCAAUCCCAAGCACCUGCGCUACUACAAGCCUGGGCCCCACCUGCCGCGGCUGACUAAAGCUCCCAAGCAAGAUGGCCCUACCCUCUACGCGAACCCUCAACUCCUGCGUGAAACCGACGCGAAAGGAGAUCUCAUCCGCUGCUCCAGGUGUAGUUUUACCUCUGCUGGUCGUCCCAUUAUCACCUGUGAUUAUUGCACUUGUCGCUUUCAUUUGGAUUGUCUGGAUCCACCCCGCGCACAUCCCCCUAACCCCAAAGUCGGGUGGAUGUGUCCCAACCAUGUUACUCCUGACGAUAUGAUUGCCACCAAAGAGGUUGAUGGACUCUCACGCGUCCGUCGUGUGCGCCGUACCAAGAACAUGAAGUUCAUUGAUUGUGACAUUCACCUCCCCGACGAUCCAAAUCAGAGUAUUUUCGAUGACGACUGGAAAGAACGCCGUGCCCGAUUUUAUGCCGGCGACGUCGUUCUCAACUUCAUCAGUACUGUCAAAGAUGACAACUUUGAACGCCAAAAGCAAUAUGCCCACAACGUUGAGCAGAAGUGUCUGGACUUGACUAAGAAACUUACCGAGAACUACCUCUCCCGUCAUGGGUUGACCGGGGCAUCCGACACCCAGCCCAUGGCCUCUAUGCCCGCCGAACUGGAGCAACAAAUCUCAUCUUCUGUCCGUGGAAUGAUAUCCGGGGCUCCAGUAUCUACCGUUGACUUCGACGCUGCCUCUGCUUUGCUUGGCCUCUCCCAGGCCGAGCCCCCAGCCUCAGGCGAAAGCCACAUGACCGAUCCCGCCUCCUCCAAGGCCGGCUCUCGCGUCGACGAAGGCAUCGCCGUCGAAUCUUCUCAUGUCACCUCCCCUACCCAAAUGAAUGCCCCUAAGAGUCCCACCGCCCCCUCGCAUACUUCUCAGCAGUCAGAGUACGCAGACUCCGACAUCCUGCCCCGGAUCCCAGUCUUCUUCACCUCGGCCGCGUUCAAUCGCCACAAGCGAUCGCGUCCCGACGACGACGACGAAAAAGACCAGGAUUCCGUCGAGGAGCCGGCGCAGAAGCGCCUGCACACCUCGGACACCGAGUAA